AUGGCCAUGGUGAAUGAACUGCCGGUACUGCCGCCCGAGGAGCGGGUGCUCUCGACGCUCGAGAGCGACGGGCGCCGGCGUUGGCUUACGCCGCGGCUCGCGGCGGGGCGGUUCUGGUCACGCCGACGCGUCGUCGCCUAUGCGUUGAUUGCUGUCUACACGCUGCUGCCGUUCAUCAAGAUCAAUGGGCGGCAGGCAUUGCAGUUCGAUCUGUGGGAAGCCCGCUUCAUGGUCUUCGGGCUGGAGUUUCGGCCCACCGACCUCGAACUGCUCGCGGUGUUCGGGCUGAUUGUGUUUCUGACGGUCUUCUUCGCCACCGCCAUCAUGGGACGAGUGUGGUGCGGCUGGGCAUGCCCGCAAACGGUCUAUAUGGAGUUCGUCUUUCGUCCGAUCGAACGGCUCUGCCUGGGCACGAUGGGCAAGGGUGGCAAACCCCGCCAUGCCGUCGCCGGUUGGCGCACCGUGGCGAUGUACUUGGUGUUCCUCGUCAUCGCGGUUCACCUCGCGAACACGUUCCUUGCCUACUUUAUCGGUGUGGAUCAACUCAACACCUACAUCUGGAACUCGACGCCCCUAGAGCACCCCCGCGCUUUCGCGCUGGUGGCGUUCGUCACGGUGCUGAUCCUGUUCGACUUCUGCUACUGGCGCGAGCAGCUGUGCAUCAUCGGUUGCCCUUACGGACGGUUCCAGUCAGUGCUGCUCGAUCGUUCGAGCUUGAUUGUUGGCUACGACACGACCCGCGGGGAGCCACGCGGCCAUGGCCGCGACCGGAAGGCAAAGGGACUUGGUGACUGCGUUGAUUGUCACCAGUGCGUGGAGGUCUGCCCAACCGGCAUCGACAUCCGCGACGGGUUGCAACUCGAGUGCGUCAACUGCACACAGUGCAUCGACGCCUGCGACCAUGUGAUGGACCGCGUCGGCCUACCCCGAGGACUUAUCCGUUACAGCUCGCAAUCCGCGCUCGCAGGCAAGCCAACGCCGAUUGCCCGUCCGCGGGUGCUCAUCUACAUGGGUUUGAUACUGGCUCUCAGCGUGCUAUUCGUCACGUUGUUAGUGAGCCGCAAGGCGUUCGACGUGACGCUGCUCCGCGGCUUGGGGAGCCCGUUCAACAUCACGGCAGGUGGCGAGGUCGAGAACAUCCUCCGCGCCAAGCUCGUGAACCGAACCGACCAAGAACGAACUUACCGAGUCGAGGCGGUGGCGCCAGAGUCUCUCCACCUGCUCAGCUCCGUCGAGCUGAAGCUCGGGGCUGGAGAAUCGGUGACCGAGCCCCUUCAUCUGCUGGCGCCCCAAGAAGCGUUUCAAGAGCGCGGCGGCACGGUCAAAGCGACCUUGCGGUUCGUCGAUGACGUAGGCGAAUCGGUUGAGCAAGUCUACCUGCUCUUCGGCCCCGUAACCGGCGCCAUCGAACGCGAGCACUACCAGUGGCCCGUGAUCGUCAUCGCGCUGCUCGCGGGUCACGCCUUCAUCAUCGUUGGCGCGCUAGCGGUCGCGGCGGCAAUGAUCCCGGCCGCGGUGACGGCGCCCUCAGGGUACGAAGAUGCUCUCGGCUGGGACGCUCAGCAAGCGGCAAAGCGGGCGAGUGACUCGCUCGGCUGGAACCUCGACUUCACGCCGUUGGACUUCGCGGAACUCAACGGCGACCGCCGCGUGCAACUCCUGCUACGAGACUCGCAAGGCGCACCGGUCGAGAAUGCGGUGGUUGAGUUGUCGAUGUACCAUCACGCAAAGCCUCAGGAUCGCUUCGUGCAACGGAUCGAGCCCCAAGCGGUGCUCGGCGUUUACGAAGCCGUCUUGCCGCUACGCCGCGACGGGUUAUGGCGGUUGAGCGCCGUCGCGCAGCGCGGCGAGGAUCGGCUGCUCGUUGACGAAGACCUCUGGAUCGAGGCGCCCAAGCCAUGA